AGAAUUUGGCCGAUCGGAGCGACAAUCCUUUCUCAUCCUCACGCACCCUUUCGGAAGGUUUGUUAUCCGAAUUCCGUAACACACCAUCAUCCGCAGGCGCACGGACAGUACACAGACAACGGCGCGUCCACUCGCAAGCAUCGCAUCGGAUCGUGGUGAAGAGUGAAAGGAGCAGAACCCCGAAACUACACUGCCAACAUGUCAGAAAACAAGAGCCCGAUCAAGUAUUUCCUGUCCGGAGGGUUCGGCGGAGUGUGCACGGUGCUGGCGGGGCAUCCGCUGGACACGAUCAAAGUGCGCCUGCAGACGAUGCCGCUUCCGGCGGCGGGUCAAGCCCCGCUGUACGCCGGAACACUGGACUGUGCUAAGAAAACGAUCGCUCGCGAGGGCUUCCGUGGCCUGUACAAGGGCAUGUCGGCACCGAUCACAGGCGUAGCUCCGAUCUUUGCCGUCAGCUUCUUCGGGUUCGGCGUGGGCAAACGGUUACAGCAACGAACGCCGGACGAGGAACUGUCGUACGGGCAGCUCUUUGCAGCCGGAGCCUUUUCCGGAAUCUUCACCACGACGGUGAUGGCCCCAGGCGAGCGGAUCAAAUGCUUGCUGCAGAUACAGCAGGGAGGCAACACGCCCCAGAAGUACAGCGGCAUGGUCGACUGCGCCAAGCAGCUGUACGCCGAGGGUGGCAUGCGUAGCAUCUACAAGGGCGCCUUUGCCACGUUGCUGCGCGAUGUGCCCGCGUCCGGAAUGUACUUCCUCACGUACGAGUACAUUCAGCGAGCGCUGGCACCGGCACCGGGCGUCAAACUGGACGCGUCGGUCGCACUGCUAGGAACAAUCUUUGCCGGAGGCAUGGCCGGUAUCGCUAACUGGGCGAUCGGAAUGCCGGCGGACGUGCUCAA